UUAGAUGUUUACCCCCAACAAUGGUCCUCCUUUGCAGGUCGGAUUGGGUCGCAGGUUAUAAUCCCUCACCGCUGUGAUCAGUAUGACCUUAUGUACUUCAGGCCCAUGGGCGAUCUUGGACAAAUCCUUUUCCUGGAGUGGGAUCCCAGGAAUAAAGACUCCACCAAACAGGCUUUGGAGCACUCAAAUGUCGUCAUCAACCUGGUGGGCAGAGAGUUUGAGACGAGGAACUAUAGCUUUGAGGAUGUCUUCGUGACCAUCCCUCAGCAGAUUGCUAAGGCAGCCAGAGAGGCUGGCAUCACAAAAUUCAUCCAUAUGUCUCACCUCAACGCUGACAUACGCAGCCCGUCAAAGUACCUGAGGAACAAGGCUGUAGGAGAGACAGUAGUGAGAGACGAAUUUCCUGAUGCCAUCAUCAUGAAGCCCUCUGAAAUAUUUGGGAGGGAGGACAGAUUCUUCAACUAUUACGCAAGUAAGACCAGGGUGCCAGUUUGA